GAUGAAUAUUCACUGCAACUUUCCCAUGGAUAAAUUCCUAUUUCCGUUUAGGCAAUCAGUCUUUCUGUAGAUGAUAAAUGCCCAGGCAUGAAGGCUUCGUGGUUGAUCGUUCUCCUGAUCGACUUCUUGGCUGCGACGAGUCAAGGAGGGUUCUUACCUGACAAGAAAUACGCGUCGACCACUGUCGAGUCCGCCGUGGGGCGGUCUGCGAAAUUGGGCUGUAACAUGACGGUUGCUGCGGACGACGUGGUCUAUCUUGUGCUCUGGUUCAAGCAGGGUCUCGCUACUCCCAUUUACAGUUACGACGUAAGGGAAGUACCAGCAGGCAAGCACUGGUAUGACUCCGAGGUUCUAGAGAACCGAGCCUCGUUUCACCCUCACACUCGCGCGUCCGCUAGAAACUCUGGUCCAGGCGCCCAUCUCUUCUUGCGUCAUCUGAAGCAGAGCGACGGUGGGGCCUACAAAUGCAGGGUAGAUUUCCAAAAAGCUCCCACGAUGAUCACCAGAGUGAACCUUACCGUCAUAACUCCUCCUAAGCUCGUAGAGUUGACACAAGGCGAGGACGGCCAGCCAGUGGCCGGCGUCCUGGGACCCGUGAGGGAAAACGACAACCUUACAAUUUCCUGCGUUGCUUUCCAUGGUAUCCCACCGGCAAAGAUUACGUGGUACUUGGACGGCGAGCUCUUACGCGAUGACCAAGACCUCGACCCGAAAAAUAUCAGAGCGACGAGACUAAAAUCAGGAACCCAAUUCAAAUAUUCUUUUUCAAAAAGCUCUGAGUCCCGGCAUUCAAGCCACGAAAACGAUGACGCGAGUAGAAAAAAUCUUGAUAACAGGAAAACAAUCAAGACGCGCCGGAAAUCUGGGCAAAUAUCGGAAGAUAAAAGAAUUACGGAGAGUUUUUCGACCAAUGACUCAGACUCAAAUAUUUCUACGAAGUUGUGGACCGAUGCUCGAGGCUGGCUGACGAUAUACGACAUCAGUAGGAGCCUUCUUAUGACAAGAGUUCAGUGCACAGCCGUCAACAGCAAGACGCUGCCCCCUGUCUCCACGUCCGCAACACUUGACAUGAAUCUUUCACCUGUGGGCAUCCGGAUCGAGCAGACCCCAGACUCGCUGAUCGCUGGUCGCUCUGCGGACAUCACGUGUGUGUCUUGGGGCUCCCGCCCCCCUGCCGUACUGACGUGGUGGAGUAACUUGACCAGACUCACAGUACCCAACAGCUUGGUGUGGCGAGAAGGCAAUGAAUCAAAAGCCAUCCUACGCUGGAGCUUGAACGCCUCACAUGAUGGCCUGCCACUGACAUGCAGGGCCAGCAACCCAGCCUUGUCUGACGACGAAGCAAUGAUUGCCAGCACAGUCCUUGUUGUCAAAUUCUUGCCCGACGACGAAGCAAUGAUUGCCAGUACAGUCCUUGUUGUCAAAUAUGCUCCACUAGUGUAUCUUCGGCCUGGACGGAAUUUGGACUUGCAAAAAGUCGAGGAAGGAGACGACGUUUAUUUUGACUGCUUUGUUCAGUCAAAUCCAGCAAUGAGGGGACGGAUCCAGUGGCGCCACAACGGCAGCACAGUAGCAGAAGCUGUCUCUGCCGGAGUGCUUCUCACCGAAAGAUCAUUGGUGCUACAAGCAGUCACAAGGGACAAGGCAGGUCUCUAUUCAUGCAGCGCAUCUAAUAUUCAAGGCGAAACCGAAUCAGCACCACUCUUGCUCAACAUCAGAUAUCCUCCGGUGUGCCGAAACCACUCGCCUGUUACGUACGGAGUUUCUCUGAUGGAGGAAGCACUCGUCACCUGUCAAGUGGACGCGUUCCCUCCAGUGACAGGUUUUGUGUGGUGGUUCAACAACAGCGCAGACUCCCUGGAACUGCCAGGAGACACUGGACGUGGUUCCAGUUUUCUGCACUACACUCCAGCAACUGAUUUGGACUACGGGACUCUGCUGUGUCUCGCACGCAAUGAAGUCGGCAAACAGCAAGAACCUUGUACCUUCCAGAUAAUUCCAGCAGCUUUACCGGAGGCGCCUACGAACUGCACUUUAGUGAACGUGACCUCAAGUAGCGUAUCAGUGACAUGCCUAUCGGGAUUCGACGGUGGCCUGCCGCAUGUGUUUGUUUUAGAGGCCUACACCACCAAACCUCACCAUCUCUACGCAAACAUCACUGCCAAAGCCCCCAAGUUCCAAGUAUCAGGCCUAUCCGGAGAAACCGAGCUGCAACUCAUCGUUUAUUCAGGGAACGCUAAAGGCAGGAGUGGUGGAGUGGCCAGACUUGUAGCCAACACUCCGGAGCUGCCGGUGAAGCAGCUAGAAACCCGGUUAGAUACAGACGCAGGGUCGCACUCUGCCCAGUCUCUGCUCGGCGUGGUGGCGGGGUCGGGGCUGGUGCUGGUUUUGCUCUGUGGAGUUUCUCUAUCUCUGGUCAAGAUUCAGUGUCGCAAGCGCCAACGGAUGCAACACACUUCGACUUCCGAAGAAAGUUUGAAGCAGCCUGACAGUGAUGUUGCGUGUGGCGUAACUUCUCAUGAUGUUACUUCACAUGUCUCUCACUUGUCGAAAAAGGCUAACUUAAAUGAUGGAGAAGCUUCCACAGUUCCUGAUCUAACCUGCUUUGUCGCGAUAACCUCGGCGAACACUAACGAUGCACCAGCAGCUUCUUCAAAUAAAAAGUAUCUUCUUCGAGCAGCAUCAACAUUUUCAAUUCCAUGUUCAAUGCCACCAGAAGCGAAGGCCAUCCCAAGACCCGAUGAUGAAAUAUUCUGCCAAUCUCAUCAGCGUAAGAAUUUGUGCAACUGGCAGGAAAAUAAUCGAAGUUCAAGUCAAUUGACGGCGUCCGCACACCUUACCAGUCAUUUGCUACAGAUACAGCCGGAAAAAGAGUGUGAUAGAACCGGAAUAGAUAGUGAAGAAUAUCGAGCUAAUAUAAUGGCAAGCCAGUCACGGGAAAGCAAAACUAUCGCCGCAAGUCAGGAUGCAAUGAGCCAGUAUCAGAUUCAUGGGCAAGUUUCAGCCGCCAAAGACCUUGUAACUCAAGGUACUGAGACCGUCAACGAAACGGGAAGCUAUUCCUCUUGCACACUUCCAACAAGAUCGUCUCGUGCUCCUGCCGAAGCGUCAGCUCAAACAAGAGCAAAGUGCUCAUGUUCUUUGCAGAUGCAAACCCCUUGUUCUUCGCAGAUGCAAGUUUCUGGUUCUUUGCAGAUGCAAGCCCCUGGUUCUAUUUUGCAGAUGCAAGCCUCUGGUUCUUUGCAG